UUUCUCUCUGCCCCCUUACUCUCUCUCUCUUUCUUUAAUUAAGUUGAUCAUAACUGUAACUCAGCUGGGAUUUGCUGUCCGUGCAGAUCGGGUCACUGUAAUUCACGUAGAGCUCCACUUUAAGGGGCACACGGCCACGGCUUUUUUUAAUCUCUUGCUGCUGGAGAGCGACUAACCUGGAGGACUCUCUCCAGACCGGGACCGCUGCUGCUGCUGCUGCUGCUUCAAACUGCUUCUGCAUCUGAUUCUAAGAACAAAAAGUUUCCACUUAGACAACUCAAAGAUACAACUAAAAUAAAUAAAUUGGAUUUACAGAACUUCAGCGCUCUCGCUCUUUUACGCGCCGGACGGACAUGUGGUGGAUGCUGUUUCCCCGAUGGAUCUGGUUCCUCCUGGGGCAGUGCUACUCCGCGCUCCUCUACAUGGACAGCUGCCGCGUGAGAGCGAUGCCCAUGUCCGUGGCGAAGGUGGUGUAUUCCCACGCGGGGCUGUGCCCGAACGACCUGAACCCCAACCUGUGGGUGGACGCCAUGAGCACCUGCAUGCGCGAGUGCGAAUCUGACCAGGACUGCGAGACGUUCGAGAAGUGCUGUCCCAACGUGUGCGGCAACAAGAGCUGCGUGGCGGCGCGCUACAUCGACAUCAAGGGCAACAAGGGCCCCGUGAGCAUGCCGAAGGGAGCCACCUGCGACGAGUUCAUGUGCUCGCAGCAAGGCUCCGAGUGCGACAUCUGGGAUGGCCAGCCCGUCUGCAAGUGCCGGGACCGGUGCGAGAGGGAGCCCCACUUCACGUGCGCGUCCGACGGCAUGACGUACUACAACAAGUGCUACAUGGACGCCGAGGCCUGCUCCAAGGGUAUCUCUAUCUCUGAGGUCACCUGCAGGUACCAUCUAACAUGGCCCAACACCAGUCCACUCCCUGAAGAGACGACCUUACACCCCACCACUGCCCUCCAGACCACCCUCCCGACGGACAUCCAGCUGCCCGUCAUACACACCGGACCCACCCAACAGGCCGUCUUUGUGGGAGAGACGGCCAGCUUCCUGUGCGAGGUCUCCGGGAAGCCACACCCGGAAGUCACCUGGGAGAAACAACUGAAAGGCAAAGAGAACACCAUCAUGAGGCCCAACCACGUCCGGGGAAACGUCGUGGUCACCAACAUCGGCCAGCUGGUUAUAUACAACGCGCAGCUCCAGGACGCCGGAAUCUACACGUGCACGGCUAGAAAUGUCGGGGGAAGCGUGUCGUCGCACUUUCCUCUGGUCGUGAUCGCGAAGGAGAAAAGCGCAGAAGGGAACAACGUCACCAAACUUCCUUUCCCCGCCGCAGAGUGCCUCAAGGGUCCGGACACGGACGACUGCGGGGACGAGAGCAUCAGCUGGUACUACGAGCCCAAACGGAACAACUGCUUCACCUUUACUUACAGCCAGUGCAACAAAAACCGGAACCAUUUCGACACCUACGACGCCUGCAUGCUGUCGUGCGGCGGAGACCUGGCGGCGCCCUGCAGCCUGCCCAGCCUCCAGGGGCCCUGCAAGGCGUACGAGCCCCGCUGGGCGUACAGCAGCGCCCUCAAAAAGUGCCAGUCGUUCGUGUACGGCGGCUGCGGAGGCAACGAGAACAACUUCGAGUCCAGGGAGGCCUGCGAGGAGAUGUGCCCUUUCCCCAAGAACCACAACUGCAAGAUGUGCAAACCCCGAGGCAAGAUGGUGGCCAGCUUCUGCAAGAGCGACUUCGUGAUCCUGGGGCGAGUGACCGAGCUCACGGAGGAGCAGGAGUCGGGCCACGCCCUGGUGACCGUGGAGGAGAUCUUGAAGGACGAGAAGAUGGGCCUGAGGUUCUUCGGCAAGGAGCCGCUGGAGGUGACGCUCCUGAACGUGGACUGGAACUGCCCCUGCCCCAACAUCACCGCCGCCAGCGGGCAGCUCAUCAUCAUGGGGGACGUCCACAACGGGAUGGCCGUCCUGCAGCCGGACAGCUUCGUGGGCUCGUCCAGCCCUCGCAGGGUCCGGAAGCUGCGCGAGGUCGUCCACAAGAAGACCUGCGACCUCCUCAAAGAUUUCUCCGCGGUCCAGUAGGAAUCCCCGCUUUUCAGAUAAAGCUCCAGUGACCUCAACCGUCAGACUGAAAACCCUCUGAAAUCAUUUGGACUCCCGCCGUUAGUUGAUUUUCUCUUUGUUUUUUAGUCGCUAGAUUCAAGCUCGGACAAGUUUGACGUCCACAAGCUGUUCGGGAAAAGUUGCGAAACUUUCACCCUGUACAAAGUAUUUAAUUAUCUUCCCAAAUAUCCUUUAUUUAGCACUAGUUUAUUAGAUCUUCUUUAUGUUGUUCGUCCAGUACAACAGUGUGAAGCCUCAGUUUAUCUACCAGAAUCUAAUAAGCUCUUUUUUAUUUUAUUACUAUUUUAUUUUUUUUGUGGAAUCCAUUUUGUUAUGUUUAAUUUCUUUAAACUACAGAACAUGUAUGUGAACGUGCGUGCUUCAUAUUUAUUUUUCUGUUUCAUAUAGCCAUUGGUUUUUGUUUAAGUAGUUUAUUAUUAUUAGCGUUCAUUAAAACUUUUACGACGAAUAAAGAUGAUUUGGAAAAUGA